CCACCAUUGCCUACUUUCAAGCACCUUAAUACAUCAGUUUACAGUCCCGGGAGAGCGGCACGCAGCAUGACAGCCCUCCUUGCCGAAGGUAGCAGUCCAGCUCCUGUGUCUGGUGGAUGGCCAGAUGUGAGGAUGGCACGUAAUGAAACGCAGUAUGACGCGUGCCAGCGGGGGAUGCCAUCUACGCCUGCAUUGCAUCGAUCUUUUGGUGAGGCAGGGGUCGGCGAAGGGUUGCAAUCUGCGGGGAACUCAUCACAUCCACAGUGGCUUGAACUCAUCCACGGGGAUGGAUGGCCCUCCAACCCCUUAUGCUGGUCAGCCACAUGGCAACAUCCCAACACUAAGCCGCCGGUGAUGUCAUCAGUCAGCAUCAACAACGACCACCCGCCGUGCGAUGUGGAUGACUUGGAAGUCCGAGAGUCGAACGUGGACGCGAGCAUGGGUGAUGCAUGGGGCGGACCGACAACAGACAUGAUUGCAGGGACCCCAUGUACUGAUCAUCCCGCAAUCGAGACGACGGAGCAGGGGACCAGUGGAGCUGAUGUGGCAAAAUCACCAGAGGUGCUAAGGAGAACGAAGACGUCAGGAGGGGUGAAGAAAGGAGUUGAAAAUGGGGGGAAAGGAAGAAGUCGGGCUCCUGAUGGGGGAUCCCAGGAGAGUCUCGAUCUGCCGCGACUCAUGUUUGAGGAAGAUUGUCUGCAGCAGAAGAGAAAAGGAAGGGAGAAGAUGAGGGGUAGGAAGGAGAAGUACGCGUGGAUUGUUGCAAACCUGGUGGAGAAAGGGUAUGAAAAGCGUACCCACUACGAUUACGAAAGGAAGUUUUAUGGCCUGCUUGAUGCAGAAUUUUUUUUUCGCGAUUUUGGCGGGAAAUCUGGAGCAAACAUGAAGAUUGUCUGCACACUCCAGUGGAAGCUGACAAAAGCUGACGGCACGUGUGAGGGGAUGAUGCAAAUUGUGCAUCUCCGACCAGGGGCAGCGAGCGGGGGAACAGAUGAUGAAGCAACUGGUGGUGACAGCGAGAGUGGCAGUGUGCGGAGGAAAGCGGACAGCAAGAGCACCCAUGGUGCGAAGUUGCCACGCACGGGAGGAGAGAGGGGACCUAACAGACGAUCCGCGUCUGACAGUGAGGCUGAUGGUGGAAGGGAUAGGUCUUUUGUGGAAAUUACUCAUGCUCUUGUUAAUGCUCAGGACAAGCUAUCAGACAAGUUGGCUGUUAGUUUCGUGCAGGCCAUGGAUGGCCUUAACAUGACACUGGCCGAAGGGAACUCCAUGCUGCUCCAAUGCUUUGCAAUGCUUUCGGGGUCCAUGGCGGGUUUUCCUGCUUCUGUUCCAGAGAGGGGCGAGGGCAGUGGGAUCGGUGAUGGCGAACGGAACGAUCGUGAGCACAAAUGAUCACCAAUUUUUUGUUCUUGCGUGAGGAUGUUAAUGUUUUUUUUUUUUUUUUUUUGACGAAAUUUAUCAGACUUAUGCUUGUCAGUUUUCCGUAUUCCACACAUGCAAGUCGAGAAGUGGGCGAUGUGGAACUGAUGUGCGUCCAUCUGCGUUUGGCCUCCAUCCUCUCAUUCUUGCAGGUCAGUCCUCAUGUCUUCCUCCCCACUCCGCAGUGUAAGCAAAGUAGUUGACAUGGCCGGUGAUUUCGCUUUCACCCAUAG